GCCGCACCGGGAUAGACCCCCCGCACCUGACCUGAGGGCUGCAGGCAGCGGCCGGCUGAGCGCCCUCGCCAGCGGGGCUGAAGGGGCGGAGGCCGUCGGGGAGAUCGGCCCCGCGGACCGGGCGCCUGGCUCGGGCAGAUCCCAGCUGCAAGGCAGCCAUGAGUCUGGUGGCCUUUGAAUGCCUGCCUGGCCCAGGUCUGGAGCCUGAGCCCUGUUCGAGAGCACGAUCCCAGGCCUGUGUAUACCUAGAGCAGAUUCGAAACAGGGUGGCUGUGGGAGCACCUGACAUGACCAAGCGUGACUACCUGGUGGAUGCGGCCACACAGAUCCGGCUGGCCCUGGAGCGUGAUGUUAGUGAGGACUAUGAGGCAGCCUUCAACCACUACCAGAACGGUGUGGACGUGCUGCUCCGCGGUGUGCACGUGGAUCCCAACAAGGAGCGACGCGAGGCAGUAAAACUAAAAGUCACCAAGUACCUGCGGCGGGCUGAGGAGAUCUUCAACUGCCACCUGCAGCGGACACUGGGCAGUGGAGCCAGUCCCAACACGGGAUUCAGCAGCUUGAGGCUCCGGCCCAUCCGCACACUGAGCACUGCCCUGGAGCAGCUGAAGGGCUGCAGGGUGGUUGGGGUCAUCGACAAGGUGCAGCUGGUCCAGGAUCCAGCAACUGGAGGGACCUUCGUGGUGAAGAGUCUGCCCAGGUGCCACGUGGUGAACCGGGAGCGGCUGACCAUAAUCCCGCAUGGAGUGCCCUACAUGACAAAGCUGCUACGGUAUUCCGUGAGUGAGGACUCCAUCUUCUUGCACUUGGAACAUGUGCAAGGAGGCACUCUCUGGUCCCACCUGCUCUCCCAGACGUGCCCCCAACAUUCUGGGCUCAGGUCUGGCUCCACCCAGGAGAAGGUGAAGGCCCAGCUCAACACCAGCCUCAGCCUCAGUCUCCUGACCCCAGCACAGCUCCCCCCAGGCCACACCCUCAGGCAGGCCAGCAUCCCUCCGGAACCUCCUUGGACUUCUCAGAGUCUUCCUGCUGCCAAGGAGGCCCCCUCCUUCAGACCCCAGAGAGAAGCGGAAAGUGAAUCCACAGGCAAGACCAGCACUUCCUGCUCCUUGGACCUAACAAAAGCCCCCAGUGGCUUGAACCUGCAAGCCAGGCGGGCUGGCCAGAGGUCAGACCCUGGGCCCCCUUGGGGGAUCCCUUGGGUUCGCAAGGGGGCUGGCCGGGUGCUGGGGGCCUGUGGCCUAGGCAGAGGUCAGAGCCACCCAUCAGAGGGCAGGGCCAGCCUAGGGGACAGUGGGGCUGUCUGGAGCGUGAAGGAGGAGAAGGUGAAGCAGUGGGCAGCUGAGAUGUUGGUGGCACUGGAAGCACUACACGAGCAGGGGGUGCUGUGCCAGGACCUCAACCCCAGGAACCUGCUCCUGGACCAGGCAGGUCACAUCCGGCUCACAUAUUUUGGCCAGUGGUCAGAAGUGGAGCCCCAGUGCUGCCGGGAGGCUGCGGAGCUCCUGUACAGUGCCCCAGAGGUGGGUGGGAUUUCUGAGCUGACCGAAGCCUGUGACUGGUGGAGCUUUGGGUCGCUGCUGUAUGAACUGCUGACGGGAAAGGCACUGUCACAGAGCCACCCCUCAGGAUUCCAGGCUCAUACCCAGCUCCAUCUGCCUGAGUGGCUCAGUCCCUCAGCAGCCUCCCUGCUGACUGAGGUGGCGUCUCUGGAGGACCAACUCUCUGUCCUGGGGAGGUCCAAGGCUCCCCAGCUUCUCAGGAAGACUCUGGGAAGAGGAUGGGGAAAAGCAAAGCCUGUGUAUGAUCAUCUAUGGCUCAUGCCCAGGCAUUUGCCCACCCCUAAUAAAGUCUGCUCUUCCUACUGUGUCCUUGCAUCAUUAAUGUAGUCAAAAUACCUGCUAGAAGGGGCAGACUGCAAAGCUCAAGAAUGAGCUUGGGUCCUGCUAGAAGAAGCUGCCUCAGGUCUCAGUGGAAGUGGAAGUGCAGUGUAAAGGGCACUGGACUCUGUGGGAAAUAAGAGAGGAAGAGAAGCCUUGAAAGAGGGUCAUGGUACCUGGCAGGUGAGGGGGGACUAGUUUAAUCUUCAGUGACCCCUCAGGAGAUGGUAGCUCCUGAGAAAACUGAGACUCUAAGAAAAUUGACUCUAUAGCAGCAGGACCUCAGAAUUACUGUUCCUUCUGACCCACUCCCCAGUCAGGCCAAACUACUUCCAUCCACUGCUUCCUAAAGUGCAGGUCACUUCUGAAGGGUCCCUUCCUGCCAGCACACACUGCACACUUGGCAUUGUUAGGCCCUCAGUUUAGAAUACUGUGGUCCCAGUACUAAUAAGGCUUGAGGUUGAUCUCUCCAAAAAAAAAAAUGUGCUUUGGUUUACUAGAAAAUUAAUAAAGCUUCUGGCACCAAGCCCUGGACUUGACACAUAAUUCUAGCUCUCCCUUUCACUGAACCAUUUUCCUACCCACCAGCUCUAGUUCUGCCCUCUAGGACCUACUUCCUUCCUGCAACAGACCUCCAGACUGCUGGCCUCACUAUAGGCAGGAUCAGCAGACAAGGACUUUGUGUGGAAAGAUAAAGCUGUUUAAGCAUGGAUUCAAUGAUGCCAGUCACCAGUCUAGCAUAGUUAUCAGCUCUUUUCACUGACCCUCAAGGCCCCUGCUCUGCGGAAACUUCCCCUCAUUUGCUCAUACUGACCUCAUGCAUCUUGGUACAUGUGACAAGUCCAAGUAAAACUAUAAGAGAUACUGCCACAAUCCAUCCCAGAAAUAAUACAGCCCCCCAAAGUGCAGCUGUCCCCUGGUAUCUUGAAGGGGGAUCACAAAGGUGAAAACUGUAAUUUCUUGUCAAGAGUCCAGCUAGCCAUGGGGCUGGGGUUGUAGCUCAGCGGCAGAGUGCUCGCCUGGCAUGUAUGAAGCACUGGGUUCCAUACUCAGCGCCACUUAAAAAAAAAAAAAGUAUUGUAUAUAUAUUUACAACUAAAAAAAUUUUUUUUUAAUUAAAAAAAAAAUAAGAAUCCAGCUAGCCAGGCUUAUAAGGUUCGCUAGAAGCAAGCUGGGGCACUAAGAGACUAGUGUGCUUCCCUGGCUGGCGGACUUCCAACUUCUGUCAUAUUAGUACAGUUUAACUUAAGUCAGAAGCAUGGGACAUUAUGAGACCAGUGCUAUUGACAACCAUUAAUUAGUACAACUGUCAGUGCUGAAGACUUACAAUACCUCAGUAACCAAAAGGAGCACAGAUGCAGGAACCCUGUUUGAGAACAUGUGUCCUUUAAUUUUCAUUCAAAAUCAGUUUCUUUAAAUACUUUAGUUACAAGUUCUGAAUGGUAAAGACAGAGUAGCAGAUGCUGCAGGCACUCAGUACCGGCCCCUCCCCCCACCCCCAACCCUGGCCUUGCUUCUUGGCUCAAGAUAAAAAAGGGCACUCUGCACUAACUAAUGGCCCCGGUGUCAAGUGCCAGCAGUCUCAGGCAUGGAUGCAGUUGGAUACAAAACCAUACAGCAAAGUAGCUUUCACAAGAUACUUGCAUUUAACCAUGCUCCAAAGGAAUUCCAAUGA